GCCGCUUUUCUCUAUCUUUCAAAUCUACAGGAAGCGAAAACUGCGUCUCGAAAGACAUUGCUAGCUCUGUAGCUAAUAUUACUGACAGAAAUAUAAACAAAGUAGUGUCGCUAUUUAAGAUAACGAUAAGCGAAAGAAAAGGCUUACAUAAGCCUUGCGCCUCUGCUUAAGGUCUGAUUCACUAGCUGGGAUGCCUAAUUUUCCUCGUAAUAUUACCUUUAAUGGGAGGUACUGGAAAUUUCACAGUAAGAAGGAAGACAUAUUUAUCAGAAAUCGAAGUGCAAGACAAACAGCUCUACGACAAACAGCUCUACGUGUGUGUAUACAUUUGCAGUGAUCUACAGACAGCGUGACCCUGUUUUAUUGUCGCCUCGAGCCGCACGAUUUGAAAAAAUACUGUUCUGAUGGAAUCUAACUAGCUAAGAAGCUAACGCUAUUACGGCUCGAGUUUCUGCGUGUGUUUUAGCCGAAAGAUACUGCUGCAGUAAAGUGUAGCUACCAGUUUUAUGUUGGAAACAUUAAACAUAUGGUAUAUGUGCAUUUAGCUACAAUUUGUUUAUGUAGUAAAGUGCUGGUAGAUUACUGGUAGUGAGGCUGAGGGCCCCCGUUUUCGUGAGCUUGUCAAAAUAGAGUAAACAAACAAUGAAGCUUUUGGAAAAUUCGAGUUUUGAGGCCAUUAAUACUCAACUCACCAUAGAAACUGGAGACUGUAAAAUAAUCGGACGGAUUGAAAGUUACUCCUGCAAAAUGGCAGGUGAAGACAAGCAGAUGUUUAAGCAGUUCUGUCAGGAGGGACUGCCUCAUGUGCUGGAAGCUCUGUCUCCUCCUCAGUCAUCCGGAAUCAGCCCUAACAAGCUGAGUCACAGUCAAAGUGGCGAUGAAGGGGAGGGUCCACUUUCUGAUAAGUGCAGCAGGAAGACUCUGUUCUACUUGAUUGCUACUCUCAACGAGUCCUUCAGGCCAGACUAUGACUUCAGCCGCACCCGAGGACAUGACUUCAGUAGAGAGCCCAGUGUCAACUGGGUGUUUAAUGCCGUGAAUAGUAGCUUGUCUGCUGCUGCUGGGGAGGCAUACAGUCGCUUGCAGCCUCAGCUCUGGGAGGCCAUUGACAAUGAGAUCAGUCUGACUGAGUGUGACAUUUACAGCUAUAAUCCAGACCUUGAUUCUGACCCAUAUGGAGAAGAAGGCAACCUGUGGUCCUUCAACUAUUUCUUUUACAAUAAGAGGCUGAAAAGAAUUGUGUUCUUCACAUGCCGCUCUGUUAGUCUUUUUAUGACUCCACGAGACUCAGGCAUUGGAACGGAGCUGGACCUGGACCUGGAUGAAGGCAGCUUUGAGGAGGAGGAGAACAUGGAUGAGGAGAGGUAUCGACCUUUAUGUGCCCAGUGAAGAUGUCAUAAAUCCGCUGCCUUGCUCCUGAAUGCCUCUGAAAAACAUUUACAUGUCUCUUGGAGUCUAAUGUCUUUUCCGUUUUAUUUCAAGUGUUUGUUUUUGCUCUCACUAUGAUAGGAUAAAUGCUUUUAAUAACAGGAACUUAAUGAGAUCCAUACAUUGAUUUUAAUUUUUUAGUGUUUGUGUGUUUCUCAGUAGUUGUUAUUGGACUUGUUUUCCUUUUUGUCACUGACUCCUGAGUAAUUCUGCACACUGACAUAGGAACACUUGAUUUUCCUACAUUGUCAAAAUUCCUGUUGACUUUUUUUUUUUAAUUAAAAAAAAAUUUGCUAUUUACAUUAUAUAAAGUGAAUAGUUGUAUUUUACACAUCACAGUGUGUUGGAUGAAGCACUUUACUCUUUACUCUUAAUACCUUCCAGUCCUUAUUAUGACAACAUUUUCCAGACUUAAUUCAAAUGCUAAUUGGAAAAUGCUAAUGCACACAUCUGUUUGCAGUUGCAUUUUUUGCCUGUGCAUAAUUUAAUACAAACUCAAGUGCAAAACAUAUAUUUAUAAUUGCAAUUUCAUGAACAAUGCACAGUGGGUGCCAAAAUUAAAAUGCAAAUGAAAGGUCCAUUUGACAUUUCAGUUUGUUAAGUGGUAUGAUUCUGUUAUGUUGAAAAAGCUAUACCAAUCCUUACAAUUGCAGUUGCACUGUCUCAUCCAAUCCUGUUUGUGUUUGCAUUUUCACUGUCAACAAGGUAUAUCUAUCUGUCAGAUGCUAUGUCUGGGACUUUUUGGUGUUUUGGAGGAAACCUGUUGUGUUUUAGUUUUGGUAAGUUGGAGCAUGAGGAUGAGUGCAGUUGUGAAUGUAAGGAUUGCUGUAGCUUUAAAUGUGGCAGAAUCAUACUAGUUUAGACAAUGAAAUGUCAAAUGGACUUUACAAUUGCAUUUUAAUUUUGGCAGCCAUUGUACAUUGUUGUUCAUGAAAAUGCACUCGUAAAUGUGUUUUGCAAGUGAAUUUUAAAUUACACACAAAAACAGGGAACAGAACUGCAAAUACACAUUUGAAUUAACAUUUUGUUAGUGUUUGAAUUUGAAUGAAGUCUGGAAUAUGCUGACUUUUUUGUACCACUUUCAAAAAUUCUGUCUUUUGCCACCAGGUGGUGUGUUCUGCCAUGUCAUUGUCACUGACGUCAACCUUUUUUUUUCUUUUUUUGGUUUGUGUUUUUUUCCCCCUAAGCUUUAAGGAGAAUCCCUGUUUGAUCUAUCUAGUUAUCAAUUCUUGGUUGCUGUGAUAUUAAGGGACCAAACAUGUCUUUGGUGUUUUAUAUUUUUCAUGAAAAAAUUCUGUGGCAUAUGCUGGGGUAUCCUGGGUUGGCCACUGAGUGUUUUUUCUUCCCUUCAGUGUAAUCACUUUGGGGUUGGUGGAUUUGGGAAAUGGGUGUUCACUUAAGUGCACAAUCACAUUGAAGGAAGGGCACUUAGACCUGAAGUAGAGCUGGCCAACAUGAAGAUAUAAUAACUCUACUGCAAUAUAUUAACAUCAAGAUACACUUUUAUUAGGUGUAUGGGUAAUGUCAGGUGUAAAUUACAUUUAAACUUGUUUAGCAUUAUUUGUGGCUGGAGCUGAAUUCUUCAGUUUGCGCCAGUUCAUACACAUCUGGAAAACAAAGCUAACAUGAGCGUGUGAUUAUUUGCUUUGCUUAAGUAGGAUACCUGUUGAAUAUGCUACUGUGUCAUUACAUUACUGUUCUACUUUGACAUUAUUGUUUAUCUUUUAGUUUUUUUCCCCCAGAUUUGGUCAGUUUAAAUAACAGAAGCUGAAUAUGCUGUACCCUUUGAUUAAUUUUUUUAGCUGAACUUUAUUAGCAUAAUCCAUGUUGAAAUUCAGUUCAAAUUCAGUGUUCAACUUUUGGCAUAUUGCUUAAUAUGUAGAAUGUCCUCCUAACAAUUUUUCAAGAUACAUAAAGUUGUAAGCAGCUCAGUAUUUUCUGUGUGAUGGCAGCUACUCAAAAAGGCCCUGUGUAAAAUAUGGUGUCUAAAAUACAUAAAAACGCAUUGUUAUGAAUUAUUGGUUUAUUGAUUCCACAUGUUUGAUGAAUAUGCAGUCUUUUUGUUUUUGGCAUUUGUUUUAUAUUGGACAGUGACCCUGCUGUUCCUCAUAGUGCACAGCACUAGUUUGUGGAAGCUUACUCAUACCCAAGUUACAGAGUACAGCGAAUACAGUCACAUGUUAUUGGAUUUUAAAUGUUAUAAAAUACAUUUUUGUUACUCAAAAUAUUUAUUUGUGCAGGGUAUUCAGAAAGCAGCCAACAACCCCAUAGAAAAGAGCUAUGGGAAACAGAAAGAUGUAAUUGAUUUUGUACUUCUGUAUAUUAAAGGAAUAUUUCUUUUGUUAUGGAACAACUUAUUGUUUUUUUUUUUUAAUGUGUAUGGCCCAACUGAGAAGAAGAACAGCUUUGCUGGCCUUGUGUGCUUUGGGCUCUGAAAUGCUAUGUUUAAUAAAUCUCCUAAGCUAUUA